GGGAGCAGGGAAGCGGAACGGAGCGGGGAGGGCGGCCGGGCUGCCCGCGGAGCCGGCCUCGCCAUGGCCCGCCAGCUGAUCGGCCCCGCGCUGCCGCCCGGCUUCCCGCGCCGCGCCGAGGCCGAGCCGGGCGAGGACUUCAGCCAGGUUGCAGGACCAGCACUGCCUCCAGACUACAAAAGCAGCUGUAGCUCAGAAACUCCUGACAGUGAUGACGACUCAGAAUCUCUUCCUCUACCCAGAGACACAAACAGAGAUUCUGAAGAGGAGACAGAAGGAGAUCCAGCUUCCAAAAAGCCAAAAAGAAUUCAUGAAGACGAUGAUGAUGAUGGCUUUUUUGGGCCAGCUCUUCCUCCUGGAUUUAAAAAACAGGAUGAUUCUCCAGAGAGGCCCAUUAUAGGUCCUGCAUUACCACCUGGCUUUAGGAAAGCUUCAGAGGACACCAGAAGUAGCAGGUGUUUCAUAGGACCAUCUGUUUCAUCAGAAUCCCGUCCCCAGCUGACAGAUAGUAGCGAGGACGAAGACAAUUUAAUAGGCCCAAUGCCUGCGAAAGGACCAGUGGAGUCUGAUGUGGCUAAAGAGUUUGAACGCCGAGCUCAGAGAAUGAAAGAAAAGCUUACUUCAGCAGACAGCGAUGAACCCAAACAAGUUACCAGGGAAUCAUGGAUGACAGAGCUUCCACCUGAGUUGAAAAGCUUUGGAUUUGGCCCAAGAACAUUCAAGAGACGAGCUGAUGACAAAUCAGGUGAUAGAUCUAUUUGGACAGAUACUCCAGCUGACAGAGAGCGAAAAGCCAAGGAAAGAGAAGAGGCAAAAAAGUCAAGCAGUAAGGAUAACGAAGAAAUGGUAUUAUCUGGGAGGGACAAGAGGCUUAUUGAGCAGGUGACUUCAUACAAUGAGUCAAAGAGGUCAGAGUCUCUCAUGGACAUGCACCAGAAAAAGCUGAAGAGCAAAGCAUCCGAAGAAAAGAGCAAACCUCAGGAAAGAAGGCCGUUUGACCGAGAGCAGGAUCUCAAAGUCAAUCGCUUUGAUGAAGCACAAAAGAAAGCUCUUAUAAGAAAAUCCAGAGAUCUGAAUAGUAAAUUUGAGCACAGUAAAGGCAACAUGUUUUUAUAAGGUGAAAGCAUUAAGCUUUUUUGAAGUGAAGUCCAUAAAAAUUUGAAUACUUAAUUUUUGUAAGUAUUUUUCUGUAAAUAUUUGUAUGCAAAAUAAAUAUCCUGAUGUUUAACUA